GCUUGUGUCUGCUUCUAUGACGUCGGGGUUGGUCUGUCAGUUUGUUUGUCAGUCCGCCGCCAGAGGAAGCCGCCACACCGAUACGAUACCGGGCUGUUGUUGUUGGUGUUCGCGGAUGGUGCUCGCUACUGUCCGCUCUGCUCCGGUUCCCGCUCGAGUUUUUUGUUCGUUGGUGCCAGCUUUGACACCUGCUUUUGAUUCGAUCCCUUUUCUGAUUGCGUACUCAAUUAUGGCCACGUGGGCAUAUCCACAACUCCCGCCAGAUCAACUGAAGAAGGAGGAAGAUGCCUCAUUGGCCCGAGAGUUGAAAUGGGUCCUGGGCUCUCUGCAAGAAUCUUUGGCCUCAUUGCGGGAAGGUCUUCAGGAGUGUGCGGCGCUUUUAGCACCUUCACAACCAGGUUCUACGCUGGUUCUAUCUUCGUUGCGGUCCGAAAAUGUGAAGGGGUUUGUAACGAGGGUCGGGACCAAGAUUGUAAAAGGGGACAUCCAAUUACGUUUACAAUCGUUGACCCCUCCCAAAGGGUCUAAUUCCACAAGAUUGACAAUUUCCGAUGAUGCUACUGGGCCGGAGAUAGCACUUCGUCAGCUCGUGCUUGUGCGUCGCCUAGUCAACGAGAGUCUUGAUGUGAUAGACGUCAGCACAUGGACUGGUGAUCCCAUGAAUGCCAGCUUCAUAGCGGGCCAAUUGCGAUUGCUGUAUGAUAACCUCAGUGAGGCUCGGUUGACGUUGAAAGGGGAAGGUGAAGAAUCAAAAAAACUCUGGAACGAAGAUAGCGUGGAUAAGAAUUCAUUUAACCCCCCACUCCCGCCCUAUAUGUCGUUUCAUCUUUCCAUCUCCGAAGCUGCUCUAGUUCUAAAUCUACGAACACUCGAGCCCAUAUCUCCUGGCGACACACCAACAACAUCCUUUGCACCUGAGAUUUCACUCAGCGGAUUCUCCCUGCGAGACCGCCUCUUUGGACCGCGACAUCCCGUUCACGACGAGUCAGGAGAUGUAUUCAGUUGGAAAGGGGAGGAGGUUAAAGUGAAGGAGAAGGCUAGAGUAGAGAGUCAGGACCCGAGCCUGCUAUCUGCCAUGGCGAAGCUGACAGCUCUCGGGCAUGAAGUUUCAAGGUGGAAAACAGCUCUAGCAGUUGUCAUGGAGCAAGACGACACGGAUAAUGAGUGAUUUGUUCAUGGCUUGUAGCUUUGAUUUCUAUUGGCUGGACAACAUCAACCAAUCAAAGGGUUUCAAAUCAAUAUUAUGUAAUUUACCACGUGAUUCGCGCCAAAAUUUCUUUGACAACCGUCGGAGAUCGAGAUUCUUGCGAAAUACUCAGUUAUCAUUUUUUCUGUG